AUGUGCCCGCAGCUCCUUGCCACCGGCUUGGUCCUCUUUUCGCUGUUACUGCUGGGCCUCGCGCAGGAUAGCCCGGGUGCGCAGAGGAUGAAGGUGGACUGUGACAAAGCUGUGCUGGGCACCAUCUAUGAGUACGGAGCCCUGACCCUCGCGGGUGAGGAGUACAUCCAGUUCAAGCAGUACGCGGGCAAGCUCGUCCUCUUCAUCAAUGUGGCCACCUACUGUGGCCUGACCGCCCAGUACCCAGAACUGAAUGCACUGCAGGAUGAGCUGCGCGAGGUUGGUGUUAUCAUAUUGGGCUUUCCCUGUAACCAGUUUGGAAGACAAGAACCAGGAAAGAACUCGGAGAUCCUCUCUGGGCUCAAAUAUGUGCGUCCAGGUGGCGGUUUUGUCCCCAACUUCCAGCUCUUUGAAAAGGGGGAUGUGAACGGAGCGGAGGAACAGAAGGUCUUCACCUUCUUGAAGAACUCCUGCCCUCCAACCUCUGAACUUUUGGGGUCACCAGGUCUGCUUUUCUGGGAGCCCAUGAGGAUCCACGACAUCCGCUGGAACUUUGAGAAAUUCCUGGUCGGGCCGGACGGGGUCCCCAUCAUGCGCUGGUUCCACAAGGCUCCGGUCAGCAGGGUGAAGUCUGACAUCCUGGAGUACCUGAAGGGGCAGGAAACCCCGUAGGGAGAAGUGGCACUCCCCCUCCCUGCCCCGUGCACAAGCCCUACUCGGCAUCUCGGCUCCCCAUCCUUCCAGCCGGCCCCAAAUCCUCAGAGCCUGCGUCUGGAUGGAGAUGAAGGCAUGUGUGUGCGUGUGUGUGUGCAUGUGUGCGUGUGCAUAUGUAUGUGCAUGUGUGCGUGUGUGUGCCUGUGCGUGUGCGUACGCAUGCCUGCGUGUGUGUGAUGACCCAGACUCCCCAGUGUCUUUAGCAACCUGGAAGUCCCAGCAGGGACCCGCGUCGGUCGGACUGUGCGGAGGGGAGAGCGAGCCCGGGCUCUCUGGCCCCUUCGCAGCACCCUCC